AUCUCGCAUUGUUGUUUUGGCGGUUGUCGGUACGGUUCAUGUUCUCUGUUGAACAGGAUUGAACUUGCAAAAGUUGUUUGCGUAAAGUAAAACGGAACCAGUUUCUCCAUUCCCAAUGGCCCCAACUCUGGAAUUAUGUGAAUCAUUCUACGGAACAAGAGAUGUAUACAAAAUAUUUGAAGUUUCCAAAAAUGCCCAGGAGAAAGAAAUAAAAAAAGCGUACUAUAAAUUAUCGUUGAAAGUGCACCCUGAUCGCGUAAAGGAAAACGAAAAAACAGAAGCCACGGAAAAGUUCAAAGUGCUGAGCAAAAUCUAUUCCAUAUUGUCCGACAAAGAUAAACGAGCGCUAUACGAUGACAAGGGAAUCAUCGAUGAUGAUGAUGAUUCGUCUGGAACCAAAUGGAUGACUAUGUGGCAGCAAUUUUUCAAGCCCAUUUCCACUGAAGAUAUUAGUAACUUUGAGAAGGUUUACAUUGGUUCAGAACUAGAGCGUAAUGAUAUCAAAAAAGCUUACUUGUCUGGAAAAGGUUGCAUAAACUACAUGCUGAAUAGCGUACCUUUUAUGAGUUGUGAAGAUGAACCUCGAAUUUUCGGAAUCGUUAAGGAGAUGAUCGCCACUGAAGAAGUUCCAGAGUACAAAAUUUUCACCGAGGAACCGAAAGCAAAGUGUGAUCGCCGUCACAAGAAGUAUGCUAAGGAAGCAGAUGAAGCAGCUGCAUUGAAGGAAAAGCUCGAGAAAAAGAAAUCAAAACAAUCAGCAUCGUCAUUAGAACAGCAGAUUGCACAACGCCAAAGCGAGCGGCAACUCGGAUUCUCUGCCAUGCUUGACCGCCUCGCCGAGAAAUACGAGCAUGAUGAAGAAGACGAAAAUGACGAAUUUGAUUUGGAUGAGUACAUUGCCGCGAAGAGUAAGUCUAAGGCAAAACGACUUUCACAAGGGCAGGCCAAAAAAGGAGGAAAAAAAGACAAGGUAUUGAAAGGUCGUGUUUCGAAAAAGUCUGUCUAAGCUUUAUCUGAACAGGUGGCAAUUUGACAAUUUCGAAAAAUUCACCAACGCUGUUUUGUUAUUAACACCACGAGAAAUGAAACGAAAUAAACUAAACAUUUGAACUCACA